AUGAUAGCAGGUUUCUUCUUUCUGAUCUUCUUCACAGGUGGAAAUGCUUUCACUGUAGACCUACACGAUGAUCAACAGAUGCCCAAUGACACCAUUACUAUGGAAAAAGAAGAGAACAAUAAUGGAAACUGUGGUUAUAACGCUGUUGUAAAGUUUCUAAACCUGAACAAAGACAAUAAUAACUACACUCUGACAAGGCCUGUGAAAAACUACAAAACUGUUACAGAGGUAUUACAUCUAAUGAAAGUUUUUGGCAUCCUAGAUAUGGUAAAAACCGAACAGAUCUUCAUUUCUUAUAUUUGGGUAUUUUUGAGAUGGAAAAAUGAGCACAUUUCUUGGAACCCAAAGGAAUUCUGUGGACUUGAAUCCAUAACAAUUCCUACUGAACUGUUAUGGAUGCCAGAUUUAAUUAUCGAAGAAAUGACAGAGAAGGAUAAAGCUACUACAAAUCCUUUUCUGACGAUUUAUUCAAAUGGCAAUGUCUCAUUUAGGAAUGAUCAUGUGGUAGUAAGCACCUGUAAGAUGAAUGUGUACAAAUUCCCCUUUGACAUUCAGAGCUGCAACCUCUCCUUCAAGUCAAUGACACACACUCCUCGAGAAAUAAAUUUGAAAACACUGGAAAAUGAUAAAGUGAUAACAAGGUGGACCAAAGACUUGAUAGAAACACAGGAUGAAUGGGAGUUCAUUGACAUUACAGUCAACAACCAAACCAGUGAUUUGGACCGUUUUCAAUCUAUGCUUGUUUACACUAUUACCAUGAAGAGGAGAUCUGUCCUCUACAUUGCCAAUUUCAUUCUGCCGAUCCUCUUCUUCUUGAUUCUGGACUUGGUCUCCUUCCUGAUCUCAGAUAGUGGGGGUGAGAAGCUCAGUUUCAAGGUGACUGUCCUGCUUGCUGUCACCGUGAUGCAACUUAUUCUCAAUGACAUUCUGCCCAGCUCUUCAGACAAGGUUCCACUUAUAGCUCUCUACUGCAUUGGGGUUUUUACUCUGAUGAUGCUCAGCCUCUUGGAAAGCAUUUUAGUGAUGCAUCUGCUUGAUAAAGACUCUGCUACAGAAAACAACAAGACAGAUGGUGACCAAAGCCUAAGGAUGAAGAAAUGUUGUCACUGUGCACCUGUAUAUGAUGCAUCGCCUGAUGAAACAGAAUCUGUGACCAAAGAGGAUAGCAGCAGCAAAUUGAUGGAGGCAUCCCUUAAUCUCAAACAAGUCUCAAAUGAACCGGAAGAGAACGGGAAAACAAUGAAUCUGCUUGGCAGUAAAAGGAAAGACGUGAAGUCUGGCUACUGGACUAGAAUAGUUAAAAAAAUCAAUAAGAUUUUCUUAAUUUUUUAUAUCACAACACUCACUGUGUUUUUGGGAACUAUGUUUUCAUUGUGGAACAGUGAAAACUACUAGGGCUGAAGUAAAAAGCAAACAAAAAAAAAACAAAAACAUGAAGUGAUUAAGAUCAGCAUGAACUUAUUUUUAGUGUGUGUUCACCCCUGCUGUUCUUUUCCAUUGGUCCAAAUAAAACCCGUUCUAUUAAAGUGCAGGUUGAUGAUGGUUCACAGUAAUUUGCUUUAAAACCAAUCAGAAGUGUUUAAAGAGGAUAUGAAACACGACACCUAUAAAGACUAAUUUACAUCAUGGAGCCCUACUCUCAAAACUGAAAGGGAUGUAACAGUGUCUGUGAAGCUGGAUUUAAGAAAUAAGUGCUUAAAGUUUUAAAAGGAUGUUUAGCACCAUCUUCUGUCAGCACAGGAUGUUAUGUCACCAGGUCGGUCGGUUGGUUGGUUGCAGCAAAUACACUUACAUUAGUUUAUCUUAGCUAACUAGUGACAGAAUUGAUAACUUGGAGGAAAAUAAGGACACUAAACCUAAAAAUCAGUUUAAGGGGAUCAGUUUCAGGCUGCCUCUGGCUGCGAGAAACCAAGGAUAUACUGUCCACUUUGACUGUCUUUGUCUCUGGCAGUAUUUGGGUCCUUGUUAUUUGACUAGUUGCACUGAAAAGGGACAAUCCAGUGGUUAGCUGUAAUGUAACUAACAGCUUGCAGAUACUGCAUGUUCGCUGCAAUGUAAUAUCUGGUCCUUAAGCUUCUUAAUCAUUAGUUUUAGUUUGUAUUCUGUUUUUGGUUGGUGUUCAGAGUUGUUCUUUAUAUUUGAUUCUCUUCUUUAGUUUAGUAUAGCCUCUCUAGUAUCCCCUUGCAUCUUAUUAUCUACUCUAUCUCUGUCUUAGGUAUUUAUGUUGUGUUAAUUACAUUUAAUCCUGUUGGUUUGCCUUUAAAGUCUGUUUUUUUAGCUCCCUUUGAAUACAGUUUAUAGCAUAUUUACACAAUGGGUGAAGUUAAGACAGUCUAACACAUUGUUUGUGUUGUCUGGUAUGCAGUGGAAUGGACAACUAACUUCUCUACUUCUUUUAAAGAUUUUCUUUAAGCUUACUUAAACUUUGUAUUCAUAUGGAGAGGAACUUGAGCAAUGUCAGCCUAUAAUGGAACAUUUCAUUUCAUUAAUUUUGACACAAAUUACUGAUAUAUGUACAUGUUUGAUAAAUAAUAAACAAAAUGCUAAUGUUCUGUCAAUUCUAACCAUUGAAUAUAUUUAAAGUACAGUGUACUGGAAGUGUAGCUCUUUUAUGACUUGUGUCAAAUAUGGUAAAUGGACUGGAUCUUAAAUGGUACUUUUCUACUCUACCUGAGCAAUUGAAAUGUUUUAUACAACUUGCCUUAUUUAGGCAAAAGAGAAGGCAACUUGGGGUUAGGAUAUUUAGCAUGGAGACUGGAGCAGUCUCUCGAACCACCAACCUUCCAAACAGUAGAUGCUCUACCUCCUGAGCUACAAUAGCCACACCUUGCUUAUUUCUUGCAACAUCAAGCAUUGUAGCUCAUGUUUCCUGUAAAUCUAUUUGCUUCCUAGAUACUUUGUGUAUUAGCAUGAAAUAAUCAGUCCUGUCAUCUGGUUCUAAAAAUGUAAAAAUAA